AAUCCUUGCAGACACAUGCAGCCGCAAACACGAAGCAUAGACACAGUAAGUACUGCCAAAGCUCGGCUGAAGAAUAGAGUCAUUCUCUAUUUCCCCCUUUAUACCUCUUCUUUACUCCUUUAUUUUCAUUCUUUAUUCAUAUUUAUGGAGCAGGAGAAUGUUUCUAGAGUAUUACUUCCACGGUGUGACCUGAACAUAAUGGUCUGUACAAAAUGACAGAUGACAACAGUGCGGCCAGGUUGGAGGAAGCGGUUGUCCCACUCUAUUUCCGGUACUGCAUCACAUCCAGUACUAUAUGCAAUACUGGGCAAUAAAAUGUAAGAGGGAUAUAAAAGCAAUAACAGACCCCAAAUAAGGGAAUCAAACGUAACAAAAUGUCCAGAAUUUCUGACUCCAUGGGACAAUUUGGUGAAAAGGAAUUGUUUUGUUAUGAUGUUUUGGUACUUAACCAGUGAUAACAAGCCGGCAUUCAGGAUGGGAAUCUUAGAAGAGAAUAAAGACACAAUGAAAUGGAAAAGUGCAGAAAGCAGAGCGAAAAGAUAGCAGAUUCAGCAGAUAAGAACGAUACAAUAGUCCAUAAAACUAUUUCAUUUAUAUAUUCAGACGAUAAAACAAAAUCAGGAGAUACACAACACCCACAAUCAGAUCACGACAAUAUUAUAGCGAGAUUGGUGUUAAUUCCAUUAAAAAAAUAGCAUCAAAAAAUAUGCGGAAAAUAGAAAAUUUCCAAAGUUGAGCAGUGAAGGACAGGAGGGUUGCAAGCUCUGCUCUAAUCCUCCUCUGCGCCUCUGGCUCUCAAAGACAAAGGAGGAGGACACACCAUCUGUUAUAUCACAGCCACUCCUGCCUCCAUGCCUCACACCCAGACCUUCCCAUCCAUGUUCUCAGGCGUUCGCUCAAACCUCCACCUCUGCUCACCCACCUUCUCUCCUUGGCCUGGGCUGGGCUGACCCUUGGAGCUCUUCGGAUUAUGCCCACCAGGACGCCAAAGCCUGGGUGACACAGGGAACUGCCAAUGUUAUGCCUGCUUUCGCACGCCCAGGGCAUCACAAAACAACCUGCACUCAGCUCAUGCCCACUUCACAGCCAGCCUGGUGUUCAUUUCAUUACUUAUCUUGGUAUCCAUGUCCCUGGGCAAGGUGGAACUUCUCUCCAAACUGAGCAGCAGAGGACACGAGGCUUCCAAGCUCUGCUCUCAUCCUCCUCUGCGCCUCUGGCUCUCAAAGACAAAGGACGAGGACACACCAUCUGUUAUAUCACAGCCACUCCUGCCUCCAUGCCUCACACCCAGACCUUCCCAUCCAGGUACUCAGAAGUUCCCUCAAACCUCCUCCUCUGCUCACCCACCUUCUCUCCUCUGGCCUGGGCUGGAUGACUCUUGGAGCUCUUCUGAUUAUGCCCACCAGGACGCCAAAGCCUGGGUGACACAGGGAACUGCCAAUGUUAUGCCUGCUUUCGCACGCCCAGGGCAUCACAAAACAACCUGCACUCAGCUCAUGCCCACUUCACAGCCAGCCUGGUGUUCAUUUCAUUACUUAUCUUGGUAUCCAUGUCCCUGGGCAAGGUGGAACUUCUCUCCAAAACUGAGCAGCAGAGGACACGAGGCUUCCAAGCUCUGCUCUCAUCCUCCUCUGCGCCUCUGGCUCUCAAAGACAAAGGAGGAGGACAGACCAACUGUUAUAUCACAGCCACUCCUGCCUCCAUGCCUCACACCCAGGCCUUCCCAUCCAUGUUCUCAGGCGUUCGCUCAAACCUCCACCUCUGCUCACCCACCUUCUUUCCUUGGCCAGGGCUGGGCUGACCCUUGGAGCUCUUCUGAUUAUGCCCACCAGGACGCCACAGCCUGUGUGACACAGGGAACUACCAAUGUUAUGCCUGCUUUCCCACGCCCAGGGCAUCACAAAACAACCUGCACUCAGCUCAUGCCCACUUCACAGCCAGCCUGGUGUUCAUUUCAUUACUUAUCUUGGUAUCCAUGUCCCUGGGCAAGGUGGAACUUCUCUCCAAAACUGAGCAGCAGAGGACACGAGGCUUCCAAGCUCUGCUCUCAUCCUCCUCUGCGCCUCUGGCUCUCAAAGACAAAGGAGGAGGACAGACCAAAUGUUAUAUCACAGCCACUCCUGCCUCCAUGCCUCACACCCAGACCUUCCCAUCCAUGUUCUCGGGCGAUCCCUCAAACCUCCACCUUUACUCACCCACCUUCUCUCCUUGGCCAGGGCUGGCUGACCCUUGGAGCUCUUCUGAUUAUGCCCACCAGGACGCCAAAGCCUGGGUGACACGGGGAACUGCCAAUGUUAUGCCUGCUUUCACACGCCCAGGGCAUCACAAAACAACCUGCACUCAGCUCAUGCCCACUUCACAGCCAGCCUGGUGUUCAUUUCAUUACUUAUCUUGGUAUCCAUGUCCCUGGGCAAGGUGGAACUUCUCUCUAAAACUGAGCAGCAGAGGACACGAGGCUUCCAAGCUCUGCUCUCAUCCUCCUCUGCGCCUCUGGCUCUCAAAGACAAAGGACGAGGACACACCAUCUGUUAUAUCACAGCCACUCCUGCCUCCAUGCCUCACACCCAGACCUUCCCAUCCAUGUUCUCAGGCGUUCCCUCAAACCUCCACCUCUGCUCACCCACCUUCUCUCCUCCGGCCUGGGCUGGCUGACCCUUGGAGCUCUUCGGAUUAUGCCCACCAGGACGCCAAAGCCUGGGUGACACAGGGAACUGCCAAUGUUAUGCCUGCUUUCGCAUGCCCAGGGCAUCACAAAACAACCUGCACUCAGCUCAUGCCCACUUCACAGCCAGCCUGGUGUUUAUUUCAUUACUUAUCUUGGUAUUGAUGUCCCUGUGCAAGGAGGAUCUUAUCCACAGCAGAGUUGUAGGGGAGAGGAGUCUUCUCGUUCAUGUUUUGUUCUAUGUCUGUUACACUCAUAGUCCAUGUUUGAAGGAGGACCGUCACCCCUGCUUCCCUUCCCAGUACCUAUCCCUUCCCUUUUCUAUUCUCUGUCCUGCCCUCUCACCAUGUCAUCUUCUUGCCAUCCUGCUCUCUUGUGUCCUGGCCUUGUAGAGAUUGCAUCUCUUCUCAUCUCUGUAUUCCAGCUAUGUGGCCAAUGUCUUUGUGACUCAUGGAACUGACCGCAUUCUUUCUGCUGUGACAUUUUCAGUGCAUCACCUAGGCAGUUGCUUGCGGCUGAUGCCCAAAUUACUGCCAGACUGGUUAUUUUGUUUACUUAUCGUUUUAUCAUUUUAUUUGUAGGUUGGGGAUCAUCUCUCUAUCUCAGCAGUGUACAAUAGGACGGCACGUAUUCUUUUGCAUCACUGUCACUCCUUCCCCCCUUCCAUUCCCCCUCCAUCACUCGUCUGAUUGCCAGUAGAUGAUGGAAGGCCCAUUCUGUGUGUGCCUUUGCAGAAAUAGCUGCAACUCUUCCGAUUUUCUGAGGAUAAUGAUUACCAAGCACUACUCUUGAUGAUCACGAUGCAGAAGCUGGCAGAAAAACCCUCCCGGAGAAGAUCUCCAUCUUCAUAGCAGCCCUUGAAGAAAGGGUACCACCUACACUCCAUUUCAUCCACACAUGUACAGCUCAGUCACUUGAUUCAAGUGAAUUUCUUCACAUACUGAGACAAUAAAGGUCACUUCACUUGAGAGCUCUGCAUGUCC